UAAUUUUAGGAAGAAGUGAGAGGGUUGUUAAGUGAAUCAAAAAAGAAAUGCUGCUGUCGACGGUCCUAUAUUUACUGAUAUUCGCAACAGGGACUAUAACAGAAAUGCUGGACGAAGCGAUAAAUCACACACAUUCAGUUGUACACAACAGUUCAGAGACGACACACGGUACAGUGAGCUACUCUUGUAAGUUCUGUCGGGAGGACUUUAAGUGCAAAGGAGGAGAUGGUCAGGUGAAGCUCUCAGAUAUUUGCAGCGACAAAAUUACAUGCGUAGGACAGAAAGAUAUUUGUGAGUUUUCUAGAACAUUUCCUCAGCCAGGGGAAGAUGUGGUGACGUAUGAAAAUGGCUUGAAAAGCAUUUCUUACUGCUCGAGUAUUGAAAAAGAAUUCUCGAGAUCAGCUGACGGAGAACAAUGCGAAACAGUCCUCUUCAAACCGCAAGGUUCGGAGAAUUUUACAGAUAUAGAGAUAGCUGUCCCCGACACACAUUUAGUAGACUGUGAGCAGUAUUAUGGGGAAGCUUAUCUUUAUCUGAGUUGUCUAGAUAAAUGCCUUGUCCCCGCACAAUGCCCACUUACCGAGAACAACACUUGUGCUGAUAAGUUCCGUUGUGAGGAUAACUCUUCACACUGUGUCCCCUACAGUAGAAUCUGUGAUCUGAAGGACGACUGCGAGGACGGCAGUGAUGAGAGGAACUGUUCUAACAACUUCAAGUGUACCUCAGGGAGUGUUUCCUACGUGCCAAUCUCUUCUAGAUGUGACGGAAAAGUGGAUUGCUUGGACUUUUCUGACGAGUGUAACGAGGAAUGCUCCUCACGUGAACGUUUUAUUCUGGGGGACUCAGUUUUGAAAAUCACUGCAUGUGUCAUUGGUAGUCUGUCUAUCCUGAUGAAUGCUGUUAAUAUUUACAGAGUGGGUAAAGAGUUGGACAGGAUCAAGUGGUUUAGGAGCGCGCUGACCAAAGAGUUGAUUAUAUUAAUUGCUGUCGGAGAUUUAAUUAUGGGAUGUUAUUUAGCUACCAUCACCUUUAUUGAAAUUUCGAACGGAGACAACUAUUGCAAGACAAAAUAUUUGUGGAUGUCAAGUAAACUAUGUGCACUGCUAGGGGUUAUGAGUUCUUGUGGCUCUGAAAUGUCAAUCUUUGCUAUGACAGCUCUGGCAAUAUUCAGAGUUUUAACCGUCAAAUCAAACAGAGUGGCUAAAGAGAGUAGAUUCUCUGAUUUAGCAAAAUCAAAACUACGUUUGUCAGCAUGUUUCAUUUUAGGGACGUCAGUUACUGUCGCUGUCCUGCCACUAUUCAGCCAAUUUGAGGAUUUCUUUGUCACAAGUUUAUACUACCAUGAAAACCCUAUAUUUAUCGGGAAGAUCACAAAAGAACGUCACAUGAAACUAUUCAAAUCUUACUACGGAAAGAUUGAAAAUGGAACAUAUCUGUCGUGGCAAGAGAUACGGAAGUUAGUUGGGACUAUGUUUACAGAAAGAUACGGCGGGGUGGUUGGCUCGAGUAUUCAUUACUAUGGGAGUGACGGAGUCUGUGUUUCCAAGUACCUCGUCACCCCUAAAGAUCCACAGAGUGUGUUUACUCUCAGCAUACUUUUAGUAAACUUUAUCUGUUUUUUUAUCAUGUGUAUCUGCUACAUCAGUAUCAAAAUUCAUACGAACCGAAGGAAGGUAUCAACUUCAACACCAAUUCCAAACAAAAUUGAUAAGGUGGCUAAAAGGAGAAAGAUGAAUUUGGGAGUGAAAAUUGGGGCAAUAAUUGGAACUGAUUUUUUAACUUGGAUACUUUUUAUCAUUAUCUGUUUGCUGCACUACGCGAGGCUAAUAGACGCUAAACCAUUUUAUCCCUUCUUUUCGGUAGUGAUUCUCCCGAUAAACUCAUUGAUAAACCCCCUGCUGUACGACAGUAAAAUAAUGGACAGUGUGGUUGAGUAUUCUACCCUCGUAUUCGAGAGCUUUAAGCGCUGUAUUAAGGGGAAAGAGACAGGGUACAAAGAGAAAAGUGUUACGUGUAACAGUAACACUGUUUUCUCGACAGAAAUACUAGACACUUCUGCUUAAUCGUUAUUAUAUUUUGAUAAAAAUGUUUCAAACAUGAACAAUAAUUUUUAUAACUUUAUUUCUAAGUUCCUAUAAUUCCUAUAUUGGCAUUGCCUAUCUAUAAGGGCUUCAGCCUUUAAGUUUAACUUGAGUUGAUGAGCACUAUGAACAGUUGAGUUCAUGACAAAAUGUGUUAUAGUCGUGUUGAAUCAGAAUGAUAAUUAAAAUCUGAUAAUUAUUGUUUAAUAUGUUCCUUUUUGAAACGGCUUUAAUCAUAGACGCUGGAGUUGUACCACCAUUGGAUUUAGAUUUUGUCCUUCACCAUAAUUACUUACAUUCUACGAAUUUUGAUUGAUUAAAUUUUGCUUUUGUUACAAUCUUUACGUUUGAGUUAAUAAAUUAUGAUGAUUAUAUACAUUUUGCUUAUCUAAAAUCUUAAAAUGUUUUACAGGCACUAAAGAUGCAGUUUAGUUACGAAGGAUUCAAGCCUUACUGAG